AUGCCUCUCGAUACGAUCUACCUUACUCGUCAUGGACACCGACUAAAUUGGACCAUCGACCUCCGCACCGGCACCUACAUAUCGCAGUUUCCAACACCGACAGGAAAUCCAGUAGACCCAGCUUUGACCGCGCAUGGAGUGCGCCAGUCUUGGGAACUGGGUAGACACAUAAAUUCUCCUCAAUUCCACCCCAAGCCCUUUCGAGUCUACUCGAGUCCGUUCUACCGAUGUCUCCAGACAAUCCAGCCUUCUGUUGCUGAACUCAAGGCCAGGCAUAGCAAUGCAACGGUAAUCGGCCCUGUAUCCGCGAUAACAGGGUAUGGGCAGAUAGAGCCAUCAGCGGACUUUGACGUCCGGAUCGAGAAUGGAAUCGGUGAAUGGUUUGGCCCAACAACAUUCUUCGAGCACCCAGCCCAUCCCACCCCCGAAACCAAAUACAAACCCCUCCUCUACCCCUCCCGUCGCGGCGAAACAAUCCUCGAGCUGCACAACCGUGUUGCGACAACACUGGAAGGCAUCAUCGCGGACGUGGACGCCGAAAUCGCCGAGGUGGAAGCCUCGAUGCCACCGGAGCAGCGCACCAGCAAGUCUCUGCUGAUCUGCGCGCAUGCAGCGCCAUUGAUUGCCAUGGGCCGUGUGCUGACGGGGCGCAUACCGGAGGAUACCUCCGAAGAAGACUUCUGUGUGUUCACAGCAGGUUUGAAUACGUUCCAGCGGCGGGGGUUUGGAGGAAGGAGGAGAGACGUUAUUAAAGCGAAAGAUCGGGGGCAGAUUGCGGAGAGGAGACUGGCUGAGGGGACUGUGCUUGUGCGUGCUAAAGAAGUGCCAGAUUGGAUGGGUGGCCGUGGGGUUGGAGGUGGUUGGGAUUGUGUUGUUAAUGGGGACUGUAGCUUUUUGAGUGGUGGAGCAGAGAGAGGAUGGCAUUUCAAUGGCGAGGAGGGAUUCGAUGCCAGUAUGGGCCCCCCCAACGGACUCUGCUGCACCUCCUGGUGA